GACUGCCGUACAGAGCUGGGUGACCUGAAGGCUUAAGCCACGCAAAAGGGACUCUCACCCUUAAAUACAUCCCCUCUUCUUUACUUUAACUUGUUAUAUAUAUGCACAUACAUACAUGCUUAUGCUUCUUCCAUUAGUUAAACAAAAAGUUAAAGCAUUUUGAGUAACAAUGAGAAGCUUCUUCAUCCUACGUUGCUUCUUGUUAUUCUUUUUCUUGUUCGACCUAGCGUUUGCAGCUGAAGGAAAGAUAUGGAGCAGAACAGAUAUGGUGGAGAUGGCUGGCUACGGUGAACAGAAACUCUCCUCUGUGAUCAUCACCGGAUCUCUUCUCUGCGACACUUCACACUCCAUAUCUAUUCCAGGUGCUACUGUUGCCAUCAAGUGUCACACUGGAUACAAAAGGAGAUCCAAAUGGAUCAAGGCUGUUACUGAUGAUCUGGGAGAGUUUGAAAUCGAUCUUCCUUCCCAACUCCACGCAAUUCCAGACCUGGAAAACACAUGUGUCAUCAAGCCAAUACAUGUGCCUCAUGAGCUCUGUAGAUGCCACCACAAUUCGACCAAUACACACAAACGCAUCAAGCUUGCUUCCUCUACCAGCGGAUUCCGUGUCUACACCUCAGGGAAGAUCAGGUUACAGGGCCACAGUUAGCAAGUUCGCGUGGUGUCAAAAGAUUUAAAACAGAAGAAACAUGAAAAUUCUUGAAAAUCCACUGUAAAAAGCAUUUUGGUACGGUCCUUCACUUAUUUAGCUGGCGCUUCAGUCACAGAAUCAAGUCGAGUCUUCUCUACAUUAUUUUUCAUGUUCCUACAAUGUAAUUAAGAACGAUGCUUGGAUGAUCAUCAUACAUGUAAAGGUUCUCAUGGAUUUUGAUACAAACAGCAAGCAGCGCGGUCACAUUUGAAUA